UGAUGACCUGAAAGAGGUCUGUGAAGGCUUCCGCCAGAGAUGGGGUUUCCCGCAGUGUGGAGGAGCUAUUGAUGGGAGUCAUAUCCCCAUCAUUGCUCCAGAGGAUAACCACGCAGAGUAUUUUAACCGCAAAGGGUGGCACUCGGUUCUGCUCCAGGGUGUCGUGGAUCAUCGGUUUUGUUUCACCAACAUCUAUGCUGGAUGGCCAGGGAGUGUUCAUGAUGCGAGGGUACUCCGGAAUUCCCAUGUGUACUCACUCGCAGAGAAAGGGGAGCUUUUUCCACCAGCCAAUCAUGCUGCUCGGCGACCCGGCUUAUCCCCUUCGAAUCUGGCUGUUAAAAGGAUACUGUGACAAAGGAACCCUGACAGUUGAGCAGAAGUACUUCAAUGAGCGCCACAGCAGAGCCAGGAUGACUGUGGAGUGCGCAUUCGGACGACUGAAGGGCCGGUGGAGGUGCCUUGCUAAACGGCUGGAUGUGGACGUUUCCCUCGUCCCCACCAUAAUCAGUGCAUGUUGCACACUCCACAAUGUGUGUGAAAUGCACGGGGAGAUUUAUGAAGAGGCUGGUGAAACUGUUCCUCGUGUUGAGAGAUUGGCUGAAGGAGGGGGAUUUGUAGAUGUGCAGCCAGCAAAAGUCAGAGAAGCACUGACUCAGCUUUUUGUUAGCCAACGUUGAGCCACAAACUGGGCUGUCACAAUAAUUACUACAUCGUUCAACUUUAGUACUUUUUGACCUCAAUAUUUAUCUGUACAUAUUUGCUUUUUUUGACACAGUUUUCUAAUGUAAUACUAUAUUUUUAAACCCGCGUAGGUUGUGUAAUAUUUCAAGUGUUUAAGUACCUUUCAGUUUUACUGUCAUUUUUUGGUUUUAGAGUUUGUUUCUGUGUCAUUACAAGAUCUUCAAUAUCAUUUAUCGCAACAUUUGAAUGACUCAAUAUAUUGAAUUUUGUUAUCUUGACAGGCCCAACCACAAAUUAGUUAUUUGUUUUGUGCUGCUUUGCUGAAUUGUUACCAUA